AUGUCACGUUUUGACACAAUAGAUAUUUCUGCCUUAUUUGGUGAUGAUAUGGAUGCCAAGAUGGAAGUAGCUAAGAAAAUUGAUCGAUCAUGUCGUGAUACAGGAUUCUUUUUCAUUUCCAAUCAUACAAUUGAUUGUCUUGAUGAAUUAUUCGAGCGAAUUCAGCGCUAUCAUUUAUCGGAGAAUGAAGAUGAAAAAUUCAAGAUGGCUAUUAAUGCUUAUAAUAAAAAUAAUACGAAUAUUUUGACUGGCUAUUACAUGUCGAUUAAAGGUGUUAAAGCAGUCGAAUCAUUAUAUGUUCAAAAUCCAUCAUUUAAUGCUGAUCAUGUUUUAAUUAAAGCGAAAACACCUUUACAUGAAAUCACCCAAUGGCCAGAUGAAACAAAACAUCCAGGUUUCAAGAAAUUCAUAACUGAAUAUUAUUGGAAAAUGUUUUGCAUGUGUAAAAUUUUGUUGCAUGGUUUUGCAUUAGCUCUUGGCAAAAAUGAAAAUUUUUUUGAUAAUUUCUACAAUCCAGAAGAUACAAUUUCAUCAUUACGACUAAUUCGUUAUCCUUAUAUUGAAAAUUAUCCACCAGUGAUAACAGCACCUGAUGGUCAAAAACUAAACUUUGAUACACAUACAGACGUCUCACUUUUAACAGUUCUCUAUCAGCCAUAUGUUGCAAAUUUACAAGUUGAAACUCCAGAUGGAUAUAUUGAUAUCGAAUCUUCAAGUGAUACUUUCUUAGUUAAUUGUGGUCUUUAUAUGGAAAAAAUUACAAAUAAUUAUUAUAAGUCUCCAUGGCAUCGAGUAAAAUUUGUAAACAAGGAACGGCUGUCGAUUCCAUUUUUUGUUCAUCUUGGUUACAAUAGUGUAAUAGAGAGUUUUACACCAUAUGACAAUAGAAAGGACAUCGAAUUAAAUGAUAAAUGGAAUAAAUCAUAUGGUGAAUUCUUUUCAACAGAAAGAGUGAAUUUAAUCAAGAAAAAUGGACAAACUUGA